AUGUAUGACUCUCAUACAGACGAGGAUUACAAUUCGGACAGAAUAUUAGUGUUCGCAACGCGCGAAAAUUUACGUUUGCUGUUCAGCUCAACAAUUUGGUUCCUAGAUGGUACGUUCGACACUGUACCAUCGAUUUUCUUCCAGCUUUUUACUAUAAUGGGUUCAGUUACCCAAACUUACAAAGGCACUGAACGUAAAAUCGCUAUACCAUUAGUCUACGCACUCUUGGAAAAUAAAAAAGAAAUAGCAUACUCCAAAGUCAUAGAAGUUACUCUCUCCGCUGCUGAAGAGGCCGGUAUACGAAUACGUCAUCCUCAGAUUGUAAUGACUGAUUUCGAGCUGGCGAUAAUUAACGCUGUGAAAAAUCAUUUCGGUGAAAAUAUAAUUCGACUGUGCUUCUUUCAUCUUCGUCAAAGCAUAUACCGGAAAAUACAAUCUGAAGGUCUACAGCAACAGUACGGCGAUCCGAAUGACAAUAGUAUUCGAGAAGCUGCGCAUUCCAUGUGUGCCUUAGCCUACGUGCCCCCAGACAAUGUGCCAGAGAUAUUCGACCUCUUUCAAAAUGAAAUGCCAGAAGAGUUUAUUCCAAUAGCUACAUACUUUGAAAUUAAUUACGUCCGAGGUAUUCGAGCAAUUGGCCGGAGAAAAGCAGUAAGAGUUCGGUACGCGCCAGCCCUAUGGAAUCAGUACAACUCUGUUCUUCAAGGAGUUGCGCGGACAAAUAAUGCUUCCGAGGGCUGGCAUAACCGCUUCCAAAUAUUAGUUGGUUGCCGUCAUCCGAGCCUCUACAGUUUUCUUACGGAGAUCCAGAAAGAACAGGCUGACGUUGAGUAUAUGUCGCGGGAAAUAAGUUUGGGUAAAAAAGUGAAAAAAUUGCCUAAAAGCAGCCAACUUCGAGCCGAAGAACGUAUUGCCGCCGUCGUUGCCGCAUAUCAAAGUUAUGUCGACGAAGAAAAUGAAUUGGAAUAUCUCAAAAUAAUUGGUCACCAUCUUAAUACGUGA